AUGCGUCUCAUGGACAGUCAGGCGGUGCUGGAUGACUUUGCAGACGUGACCCAGAACAAGAGAGGCCACCUGAACCCAGACCAGCACCAGUCUGAGCCCCUGGAAAAGCCCAUAAAAGCAAGCGUCUGCCUGAGGAUGUGUGUUGUUCCCCCAGGGCUGGUGGCGGUACUGCUGACUGUACUCCAGUGGGCAGGGCGAGGCCUCCCUUCUCCUGUCAGGCCCAUCUGUGACCCCCGCGUUCUGGACCGCUUCAUCAUGGAGGCCCGCGACACAGAGAUCGCUCUGCGAGGUUGCAAGGCAGGGUGUGGCGUAACAGGCACCUUCGUGGUUCCACUGACCAACGUCGACUUUGUGGUAUUGGAGACAAAGGAUACUGAGGAGCAGGCUCUGGAGGUCCAGUCAGGGCUGUCUCUGUUUGGCCAGGCCCUGGGUGCUGUGAGGGAGUCAGUGAGCCGUGCUGCCGUAAAGAGCCUCAUCGACAACAACAAGAGCAAUAUCCACAGCCUGGGCCAGGUGCUGCGCAGCCUCCACAUCAAGGACCUGUCUCUCUCUCAAGUGCCAGCAGUAGGUGACUCAGCGACCAGGAAGGUGUCGUCCCUAUCCGAGCUCCUCCGUGUCCACACCAACUUCCUACGGGGGAAGGUUCGCCUGCUGCUCACCAACGCACCUGCCUGUCAACAGAAAAGCACGUGA